AUGAGCGCUGACGACGUUAAGCAGGCUGAAAUCGAUGCCAAGACAACAGCUAUCAUUGCAGAAAAUGGUGGUAUCAAUUACUUAAAUGCAAAUUAUAUUCACAACUUUGCUAAAUCAGCAAUUGGAGCUAAUGAUGCUAUCCUUGCUCGUCUCCAACCAGAUAUUGAUGUAGACAUGAACGACCCAGCAUGGCGUCGGGCUAUGUGCGUCGCUCUUGCUUUUAUCAAGCGCUACCACUUAGAUGAAACACGCGAGACAAUGAAACUCGAGUUCCCAGAGGAAAAGGGACUCCCAUCUAAGACUGGAUUCUCAAAGUCUAAGGAUAUUGAAGCUUUCUUCGAUAAAAUUGCCGUAGCUGUAGCAGAUAUGAAAUCUCGUACAUUCGAGAAGAAUGUAGACUUAUUUGCUGAAGAAGCAGGAUUAGAACAGAAUAAGCGCCCAACACGUGAAGGCCGCCGUGCAAGAGAUUCAGUUCAAGAAAGCCCAUCAACAGGCGGUAGCCGUGGAUCCCACAGACAUCAUCGCUCCUCCUCUAGACAAUAA